GAUGAUGUGCGCGCACUUGGUCAGCGUUGUCUGUGAUCGGCUACGCUAUGACCCCGCGUUGAGCGCAGCGUCACUGGCAUGCUGUUGACUCUGUCGUAGUUUCCGAUUAUCUUCGCGUGUGGUCAGAGGUGACGUGACUGAUCCGUCCGCGAUCAUGUCCGUCGUGAGAAUACAGCUUUAGGAUGCAGCUGAUGGGAUUGUUUGCCAAGGUCUCGUCGCGGGCAUGAGCUACACAUUUGUUGAACAAUAAUAAUAGAGAGGACACUUCGUGAGCGUCAACUGAAAAGAAGAAGAAGGCUGCCGGCAGUGUACCUUGGGCGACGUGUCAACUGUUCGAUUAGUGAGAAGUUUUUGAGGUUCUUUUGAACGCGAGUCCGAUAGGAUAUCGUGGUCUGUUCUCCGAUUGAUCGCCGCCGAAAGCGUGGUCUCGCAGUCGCGAUGGCUGGCGGAGAGAUGGGUCCGCUGAAGACGCUGGACGAACUCCUUAAUUUCAAGGAGCCCCUAAUACUGUGCUCCGUGGAGCCUCUCAGGGAUGUGAAACGGGGUCUGCCGAACGACCCGAAAAUUCUCUUCUGCCACGACAUGAUGGGCGGCUACCAUGAAGACAGGUUUGUCCAUGGCUGCAACAGCCACGACUGCUACCGCUUCCAUCACUGGCAGAUGAUCGACAGCUUCGUCUACUUCUCCCAUUACAUGGUCACGAUCCCACCUCCCGGAUGGAUCUCCGCUGGACACAAGCAUGGCGUCAAAGUGUUGGGUACCUUUAUUGUGGAGGCCGAGCCUGGCACUAAGGUACUCAACGAAAUCAGGGAGGGCAAGUUGACGUCCAAAGUUGCCUCUCAGCUUGCCCUCGUCGCUGCUACUCACAACUUCGACGGGUGGCUCAUCAACAUCGAGAGCAAGAUGGACAACAGCUGCGGUCCGUUUCUCAAAGAGUUCCUCGAGGCCGUCACCUCGGAGACGCACCGCGCCGUGCCCGGUUCACUCGUCAUCUGGUACGACAGCAUCCUGCUGGACGGGAAGCUGGACUGGCAGAACGAGCUCAACAACAAGAACUCGUUUUUCUUUGACCUCUGCGACGGCAUCUUCCUCAACUACGGCUGGACCGAGGAGAUGCUCCAGAGGUCGGCGAGCCUUGCAGGAAGCCGCAAGAGUGACGUCUACGUCGGCAUUGACGUGUUUGCACGAAACACGAAGUACACUGGCGGCUACGAAACGUACAAGGCAGUCAAGCAGGCUCGCAGACAUGGGCUGUCGUCGGCCAUAUUUGCCGCUGGCUGGGUCUACGAGACACAGGGAAGGGAAAAGUUUGCGGAAAACCAGUACCUGUUUUGGAACUUCCCCAGGCAUUGCCGUUCGGAGUGGCGCCUGAGCACACUGCCCCUGUGCACCAGUUUCUGCCAGGGAUUCGGCAAGAACCUGUACAAGGCAGGGAAGCUGGUGCAGAGAGGGCCGUGGUUUAAUCUCUCCGAGCAGCAGCUGCAGCCUUGGGACCAGGGCUGUUCGCUGUGCGGCGGCUGCGGAGCGGCCGUUGUGUGUACGGACCACGCAUACAACGGCGGCAGCUGUCUUCUCCUGCGCUUCGUUCCCAGUGCCAUUAAGCCAGACGCCAGUCCUUACUUCAGAUUGUUUGCCUGCGACCUCCCCCUGGGCUCUUUAAGCGUCAGCUACACCUUCUCCCCGGACGUCGACCGCACGACCGGCGUCGACAUCGUGCUCGUCUUGAAGGUCCAGACGUCGUCGGGUGAAGAGGAACAGCUGAUGCUGGGCGUCACCAUCUCGACGCCCGACGACAAAUGCUACGAAGCCAAACUUGUCAUUUCGGACGUGCCUGCUCCCGAGAGCUCUGUCGACACCGAGUGUGCUUGGCAGACCAGGAAGUACCUCGUGAAGGAUUUGCAGACCGACCACGGUGCCACUCUCAGAGAGGUCGGCGUCUCCUUCUCAUUUCACGAGCCAACUGUUGCUGGUAGCUGCCUCUUGGGAGAACUGGCCCUGAAACGACCGGACGGCACAUCCGAAAAUGUGACCGCGAAGAAGAGCUCCAGCAACGAAGGCUUGGAAGACUCUGUACUCGACGACGGAGCACGGAGCGAUGGAGCCGAGCCACACGUGAAGCGUCAGCGAGUCCAGGACGGCGAGACUUAGAAACAGUUUUUCAGAUACUGUGAGCUUGGUUACCAAUAGUUCUUGGCAC